UCGUGAACAAGUGUCAAUGCGCUUAAAGUGUUAACAGUUCUAUGUUCUUGACCUUAGUACAAUAUACAGUACCACUCCAUUAUAUGCUAAACUUAAUUGUCUGCACUAUUGAAAAUUGAGAUAGAAUUAUCAGUUUACUUAAAGAAACAUGUACGUAUAUAAUGUAUGCAACGGAUUGCGUGGUCCAGAAAGAUGGCGCACGGUGGAUGUAUACGGCACAAACGGACUACUGCAGCACGGUGCAGUCAUUAACGUUGUCGAGUGCGGGCUUGUUGUGGACUUCUUUUGUCCCGGCAGGCGAUCAGAGCUGGUGGAAUUUGAGAAAGCAUUCCGGUGUGAAGGCUUCUUUGUGAAGGGUCGCGGCAAAGCCAUCACCGGGACAGAUAACGUUGAAGUACUAGUACAAGUGUCAGCCGAUCAGCCUUGGACAUGGUACCCAGCCAAUUUCCUGGAUCAUCACAUCCCUUGGGCGGAAUUUGCCUUGGUCGCCGUGAGCGCCGGCGGCAGUGUAUCCAAGAAAAUUGUUUCACUCCGGCACAUCCGGGUUCGGUCGACGGAAUACGAGUUACUAAAUCGAAGAGUUGGUAAGCGGGACUUUAUCACCGGUACAUACCAAUUGCCGGACAAUGUGCCACAGCCGUUGGACCCGCGAACGUGGAGGAAGUGGAGGGAAGCGCUGGAAUUGAAUUUUCUGUGUAAAGUGUGUCCUGUCUGCUUCCGGCAGAAUGAGUUGGUAUACCUACAACCCGGCAUCAACUCUUCGAUACAGUCUGACUAUUUGGCAGUCGUGAUCGAAUCUAUUGUAAAGAAGAGCAACAGGACCAGGGAACUGCGUACCCAACCAGUCAGUUCCGUGGCUGAUCCGGACGACAUACGGUUUGAGCGUUUAUACCAUCACUGGGAGGUGAUGAUGGUGAUUUUCCGGCAACUGACCACUUAUAACCGAGCAUACUACCGCCGCGUCUGUUCCGUGUGGGACGCCCUGUUGCAGUCAGACAGCACUUAUAAGGCCGUCCAUGUCUCGCUAACCGAUCGUUCGGACUUCCAUGCUGCUCUGUGUAUCUUGAACGCACUGAAUUCGCAAACCGAGUACGUAAUAAUUGCCAACGCCGCAUAUCAUACAGAGAUGUUGGAAGCAUAUUUACUGUGGAUAGACGCUGUUCUCACGGUUGCGUCAGACUGUAAACCAUGUAAAAUAAUCUUCUACGAAUGCCGGUGGAUAUUUGACGAUCCCGCAGACGACACUGAGAGUCUCAACCACGUUGUGCCGAGGUUGAACGGCACACGACCGACAGUCAAAAAGCUGAUGUGGGUCAGUUGUGCGUAUUCAUGCCUCCUUUCUCCGACAUCUAAGAGAUCAAAGUAUGCCACCUUGCCUAUGGCUACCGGUUCCAUUCGGAUUCCGUCGCCUAGUUUAUCUGAAAACUUAUACUUUCUACUGGAGAAGGACCUUCCGUUGCCUUUGCCGAAACUGUCAAAGUGGGUCACCGAUGUAGCCGAUAGCGGUCAGGAAACUUAUAUCUAUGAUACCGAUAUCCAAACGAUUCUGCGAGACUGCUUACUUUCUGAGAAGAGGAACACGCUUGGUGAUGACUGCUAGUCUGCCGAUAUCGCAACCAGUGGGAUGUCAAAAGAUCUGCAUACUUUAGAUGUGUCAACUGUGAUGCGAGUAGCCGUGCAUGUUACUGAAUCCUACGCUACCAGGGACAAAAGGUCAGAUUUGUGGAAAGCUGCAAGCACUUCCUGGACGCUUGUUCCGGAACUUCCUGAACAUCCUUGUUCUCUUGGCGAAGCUGAUGCUGCAUCGAAGCCUUUUGGGAGUGCCGCACAUGGACGUUUGGGUUGAGUUUGAAAACAGCAAGCUUGACCUCAACAACCAAAAAACAGCCAUUUAUAAUUUUUUUCUGUUAUUAAUCUUAUUACACUUAUAUAAUGUCGCUCUGUUAUUAUCGUUAACUACAAAUGCACGCUACGGUUUGCUUGAGUGUGAGCAGUUGCGAGCGCUAUGGUUGCACAAUGGAGAAAAAUCAUAAACGUA